AUGAAUCAGUCUAACGUUGAUCUUCUUGAUUUACCUAAUGAAAUAUUACUUAUCAUUUUAAAAAAGCUUGACAAUAAGGAUGUUCUUUAUUCAUUAUUGGAUGUUGAUAAUCAACGACUUGACAUUAUAGUUCAAGAAAAUAUUUUCACAAAUACUCUCAAUUCUGUAUUAACAACAUUUACUGAUGAUAUUUCCUCGGUUAGCGAUACAAUAGUUGAUCGAUUUUGUAUAAAUAUUUUGUCAAGAAUUCAUCACAAUAUUAAAUCUCUUAUUGUUAAUUCAGUAUCUAUGGAACGUAUUCUUCUUGUUACUGAUUAUCCUAAUCUAACUGAACUUAAACUCUUUAGUUUUAAUGAACAUGAAUCAUCGUUAACGAAAGUCGAGUUACUUGAGAUAGCUGUUAAAUGUGCUCCUUCACGACGAUAUAAAGUUGAUGAAGCUGCUAAACGAUUUGAUGUGAAAAUUUUACGUUUAUCGGUAAGACAUUGUGUAUUGAACCUGGUUGAAUUAGCUUGGGCUGGAUUUAAGAAUUAUAUACGUAAUAACAAUACAAAUUUUCGACUUGUUGAUGUUCAUAAUUUGGCAAUAGAAUGUUUGGCAGCCAUCGAUAAACCAUUGUCAACAAGUUAUUUUCAACAUGCUAAAAAAUAUGAAGAUAGAUUCAAAGAAGCAGAUAAAUAUGUUCAAGAAAUGGUUGAUCCAAUACUAGAUGAAAGCGAUGAUGAUGAUGAAAUCUUCGAUGAUAAUAGCAGUGAUGAUGGAUCGCUCGAUGAUUCGGAAGAGACAGAUGCAUGA